UCAGACUCGGUUCUCCACUUCUCUCAUCCCCCUCUCUCUCUCUCUCUCUCUCUCUCUCUCUCUCGUUCGUUCGUAUGUACCCACUGCGUUGCAGGCGAGCAAGUCAUCUUCAGUUCGCUUUUCCGCGUAGACUCUGGCGUAAUCCGUAACCAGUCUUAUAACGGAGAAUACAACUGGAAGAUGGAUCAGCAGGAGGAGGAAUGCCAUCUUGGAAGUGGACUUAGUGGCAAGCAAGAUGCUGAGGAAGCUGUUGCUCGUCUGGAGGAAAUUAAGAAGUCAAUUGAGGCAAAGAUGGCUCUUCGUCAAAGCAAUUUGAAUCCUGAAAGGCCUGACUCAGGCUUCCUUAGGACAUUGGAUUCUAGCAUCAAGCGGAACACAGCAGUAAUUAAGAAAUUAAAGCAGAUAAAUGAAGAACAGCGAGAAGUGCUGAUGGAUGAGCUGCGAAAUGUCAACCUUAGCAAAUUUGUUAGUGAGGCUGUGACGGCUAUUUGUGAUGCGAAGCUUAAAAGUUCAGACAUUCAAGCAGCAGUUCAGAUCUGCUCUUUACUUCACCAAAGGUACAAAGACUUCUCGCCAAGUCUGGUGCAAGGACUCUUAAAAGUUUUCUUUCCUGGAAAAUCUGGAGAUGAUUUGGAUGCAGACAGGAAUUUGAAGGCCAUGAAAAAGCGAAGUACUCUGAGACUCCUUGUGGAGCUUUACUUUGUUGGAGUGAUAGAAGAUAGUGGCAUCUUCACCAAUAUUAUUAAGGACCUUACUAGUGUUGAACACUUGAAGGACCGAGAUACUACUCAGACAAAUUUGACUCUCCUGGCUAGUUUUGCUAAACAAGGAAGAGUUUUCCUAGGGCUUCCCCUCUCUGGCCAAGAUGAAGAGUAUUCUAAGGGCCUAAACAUCACAACAGAUCAGAAGAAAAUUUUCAGGAAGGCUUUUCAUGCAUAUUCUGAUGCUGUUGCGGAACUUCUUCAGUCUGAACAUUCUUUACUGCGGCAAAUGGAGCAUGAGAAUGCAAAGAUUAUAAAUGCUAAAGGGGAGCUUAAUGAGGAAAAUGCCUCUUCAUAUGAGAAGCUCCGAAAAUCUUAUGACCAUUUGUAUCGCAAUAUCUCAUCGUUGGCUGAAGCACUUGAUAUGCAGCCUCCGGUGAUGCCUGAGGAUGGUCACACAACUAGGGUUACUACUGGAGAGGAUGCUUCAUCUCCUGCUGCUGGAAAAGAUUCUUCUCUUGUUGAAGCGAUUUGGGAUGAUGAAGAUACCAGGACUUUCUAUGAAUGCUUACCAGAUCUUAGGGCAUUUGUUCCUGCUGUAUUAUUAGGGGAAGCAGAGCCUAAAACAACUGAACAAUCUGGAAAGAUGCAAGAGAAACCUACUGAAUCUGCUUCUGAAUCAUUUCAAAGUCAACUGCCUGCACAAGAUACUAUAGAUACUUCUCUAGAUUCAGGAAGUUUGGCAGAGGGGAAAAGCAUUGAGAAAGCAAAAGACAAGGAAGAAAAAGUUAAGGAGCCUGAGAAGGAGAAGGGCAAGGAAAGGGAUACAGACAAGAAAGGAGAAAAUGGGAAGGAGAAACUUAAAAAUCUUGAAGGGGCAAAUUUGGAUGCUCUAUUGCAGAGACUUCCUGGCUGCGUUAGUCGUGACCUUAUUGAUCAACUAACUGUGGAGUUUUGUUAUUUAAAUUCUAAGUCAAAUCGGAAAAGGCUUGUGAGGGCAUUGUUUAAUGUCCCUAGGACAUCUCUGGAGCUAUUGCCAUACUAUUCACGCUUGGUUGCCACACUCUCAACUUGUAUGAAGGAUAUCUCUACCAUGCUGUUGCAGAUGUUGGAAGAGGAGUUUAGCUCCUUAGUAAAUAAGAAGGAUCAAAUGAAUAUUGAAACAAAGAUCCGGAAUAUUAGGUUUAUUGGAGAACUCUGCAAGUUCAAAAUAGCCCCAGCUGGUCUUGUUUUCAGUUGUUUAAAGGCUUGUUUAGAUGAUUUUACUCAUCACAACAUUGAUGUUGCUUGCAAUCUUCUUGAGACAUGUGGUCGUUUCCUGUAUCGAUCUCCUGAAACUACUAUACGGAUGGCUAACAUGUUAGAGAUAUUGAUGCGCCUGAAAAAUGUGAAAAAUCUGGAUCCUCGACACAGCACUUUAGUCGAAAAUGCUUACUACCUGUGCAAGCCACCCGAAAGAUCAGCACGAGUCUCUAAAGUCCGUCCUCCACUACAUCAGUACAUUAGAAAAUUGCUGUUCUCGGAUCUUGAUAAGUCUUCUAUUGAGCAUGUGCUGAGGCAACUUCGUAAAUUGCCAUGGAGUGAAUGCGAGCAAUACCUUCUAAAGUGCUUUUUGAAGGUCCACAAAGGAAAGUAUGGUCAAAUUCACUUGAUUGCUUCUCUGACUGCUGGUUUGAGCCGCUAUCAUGAUGAAUUUGCAGUAGCUGUUGUAGAUGAGGUUUUGGAAGAGAUUAGACUUGGGCUGGAGUUGAAUGACUAUGGAAUGCAGCAAAAACGCAUUGCUCAUAUGCGAUUUUUAGGAGAAUUAUACAACUAUGAGCAUGUGGAUUCAUCUGUUAUUUUUGAGACACUUUACUUGAUUCUUAUCUUCGGCCAUGGUACUCCAGAGCAAGAGGUGCUCGAUCCACAAGAAGAUUGUUUCCGUAUUAGGAUGGUAAUCACUCUUCUUGAGACAUGUGGACACUACUUUGACCGAGGUUCCUCCAAGAGAAAACUUGAUCGGUUCUUGAUACACUUCCAGAGAUAUAUACUCAGUAAAGGUUCCCUACCACUUGAUGUUGAAUUUGACUUGCAGGACUUAUUUGCGGACUUACGCCCCAACGUGACUCGGUACACAUCCCUUGAAGAGGUUAAUGCUGCUAUUAUAGAACUUGAGGAACAUGAACGUACUAUCUCAGCUGACAAGUCCAAUAGUGAGAAGCACUCUGACACCGAGAAGUCUUCAAUCAGAACUGCUUCCAAUGUCAUAUCAGGAAAUGGACCAAGCAUCAUAAAUGGGGCUGAUGAAAAUGGGGGAAUGCAUGAUGACAAUGGAGACAGUGAUAGUGAUUCUGGGAGUGGCACCAUUGAACCAGAUGGACGUGAAGAAGAAGAGUUGGAUGAAGAGAACCGUGAUGAUGGAUGUGACAGUGAAGAUGACGAUGACGAUGGUGAUGGUGUUGGACCUGUUUCCGAUGAGGAUGAUGAAGUUCAUGUCAGACAGAAGAUAACAGAGGCAGACCCUCUGGAAGUAGCCAAUUUUGAUCUAGAGCUCAGGGCUGUGGUGCAGGAGAGCAUGGAGCAACGCAAGCAGGAACUACGUGGCCGACCUGCUUUGAAUAUGACAAUACCUAUGAAUGUAUUUGAGGGAUCUACCAGGGAUCACCACGGGAGGGCAGCUGGAGGUGAAAGUGGUGAUGAAGUACUGGAUGCGGAAACUGGAGGAAGAAAGGAGGUUCAGGUAAAAGUUCUUGUAAAGCGCGGGAACAAGCAACAAACAAAGCAAAUGUACAUUCCCAAGGAUUGCUCACUUAUACAGAGCACAAAACAGAAAGAAGCAGCAGAGAUUGAAGAGAAACAGGACAUUAAAAGAUUGGUUUGGAUCUUAGUUGAACAGAACUCGAAAAGUGAGUGUAUUCUGGUUUUCUUCCUUUGCAUAGUAGACGAGGACACUGCGUUUAGCAUUUGGUGA